AUACAUGACACCCCGUUGACGCGAAUAUUCAUCCCGAUUGCUUAUAUUUACGUCGGUAAAGUCAGAGCGGUGUUAGGACCCUUAUGACCGAGUUGCGUAUUAACAGGCAGGAUACUAUCGAGUCUUUAGAGCAAGGAACUCGUUUAUAAAUUGACGCUUUGCAUCCCUGGUCUUUGGUACUACAGAUCAUUUGGGCAGAGAAAGCUGUAUCGGUAGAAUCCAUCACGAAUUGAGUACAAUGGCUCGCCAACUUUCGCUCUCGUCAAGCUUCAAACUGAACUCGGGGUACGAGAUCCCCCUGCUCGGUUUUGGGGUCUACCAAACCCCCCCAAGCGACACAAGCGCCGCAGUCCAAGAAGCCAUCAAAGCCGGCUAUCGUCACAUCGACAGCGCAGCCUUCUAUCAAAACGAAGCAGCAUGCGCAGACGGCAUGCUCAAAUCCGGCAUCCCACGGGAAGAAGUCUUUUUCACGACAAAAGUACCACCUAAUUCGAUUUCGUAUGAAGCCGCCAAGAGAGAAAUUGGUAAGAGUUUGAGGGAGGUUAGUCAAUUGAAGUAUAUUGAUUUGGUGCUUUUGCAUGCUCCGUAUGGAGGUAGAGAAGGGAGAUUGGGGGGUUGGAGGGCUCUUGUCGAAGCGGUUGAGGCUGGGACGGUGAGGAGUAUUGGGGUUUCAAAUUAUGGGGUUCACCAUCUUGAAGAACUCGAGAACUAUAUCAAAGACACAGACGCAAAGCAGGGCAAGGGUAAAGGAGGAACCCUCAGCGUCAAUCAAAUCGAGCUCCAUCCAUGGCUACAGCGCAAGGAGAUAAUCGAUUGGUGCCAGAAACGUGGUGUCUUGGUGGAAGCAUGGGCUCCCUUGGCUCAGGCUAAUCGUUGGAAUGAUCCGUCACUUCGGGAUAUCGUCAAACGGACAGGGAAGACGGAGGCGCAGAUCCUUCUUCGAUGGAGUUUGCAAAAGGGAUUCAGUCCACUCCCCAAAUCAGUUACGCCCUCCCGUAUCGUGGAGAAUACAAAGGUAUUCGACUUUGUGUUGUCGGAUUCCGAGAUGGCUUCUUUGGAGACGGAUGAGUAUGAUUAUCAUGGUUGGGAUCCAACGACGUCUGGCUUGGAUAACUGAUAGCUCGGUAGCUAAGUGGGGAAGUGAAUUUAAUGAAUAUCAAUUUGUCGAAUGCGUAUUUUUUUUUACAUUCUCUAGUUAUACUAUGCGUCAGUGUACUUCGAGUGAUAUUGAAUUGAAAUCCCCAGGCAUUUCUGUUGUACUUCAUCAUUGUCUCUUGCAUAUGCUAAGCAUAGGUAUGUCGUUCCUACGGACAUUCCUAGGGUUAGAAUCUAGUUAG